AGCUGCUGGGCUCGGCACCGGCGUGGGGCGCUGGGGUGCCGCCGAAAACGCGCGCCAUGUCCUUUGCUGCGAAUCUGACGAAGAUCGUGGCAGGGAAGAAGUCGGAGAUUGCGGAUCGGGAAAAGAUUGCCCAGUCCUGGAAGGAUAAGGAGGCCAAACUCCUAGAGGAGGCGGUGAACUUGUUCAAGUCGCGCUGCGUCAAGGAGGCGGAGCUACAAAAGACGGACGCCACCAUUUCCUUCGAGGUCAUCACUCGGGAGACUCCGGACUUUCCAAAGAGGAUCCUUACGGACUCCACUUACUUCGUAGACAGCUGGCCCAACGGCACCACCGCGGAGAGCUGGUUCUACGCCACGCGGGGGGUGAAUUCCUCAUGGUCACCUGGGGCGCCAAUCCUGUUCGCUGAGGUGUUGCAGGCGAUGCUGCCGAAGUUUGUGGAACGAGUGAAGGACUUGGGCUUCCAGGAGUGCAACCACGAGGCGGGCACCUGGAAGGUGGCCGUCUGCUGGCCCAAUCCCGACGAGAACUCGGCCGAAAAGAAAAAAAGGCGAAGAGAGUGAGAUCGAUUGGUUUCCGGUUGGCUUAAGACCUUUCAAAAACGUUUGAGAUUUU